AUGUUAUCAAAACAUUUAGAAAAUUACCUGUUUGAAUGUUGUGUUGGAACUGAUCGAUUGGUUUCUUAUUCGAUUGCCAUUGUGGAAAGAAUGAAGAAAGAGGAAACUAGAAAGAAAAAGACCAUUGUGAUUGGGAAUGGUAAAAUGUGGUUCUAUACAGUUGGAUACUUGUUAAAAACCUUUGGAGGAGAUGAAAUUAAGGUUUGCAAUUUGGUGGAAGAUCAAACGUACAACCAGGAAAAUAUAAUUCUUGGAACUCCUGAUAAAAUUAAUGAACUAUUGGAAAGUGGAAAUGUUAAUUGUACAGAUAUUAAUCUAUUGGUGGUUGAUCAACCAGAUGAACUGUCUAGAUUCGAUUUAUCAAUGCAUGCCAUUUUGAGGAAUGUUAAUUGUCAAAUAUUUUGGUUCAGCUCUAAGAGAAAUGAUUUCACCAAUGAAAUUUAUCUGAAAUCUCCCAUUGUUAUCGAACCACUCCAAGAUGAAAAGUCUACCAAUCAGAAUUUGGGAUAUAUUUACUCCAAACAUUUUUACAUUGACGUAGAAAAGGAAAGCUACAAACCUGAAACUCUGCCUGAUUUACUGGACUACAUCUCAGCACAAUGUGCAAUUUAUUGUAAUACUUAUGAACGUGCGAUUGAAAUUUCAAGAGCUCUGGAGCGUGAGCAUCACACAGCCCAUUGUCUACACAAUGAAAUGUCAGACUCAGAAAUUGAACAAAAAAUCAAUGAUUUCAGAAAUGCAAUUGUCCAAAACUUGAUAAUUUCCAAUUACAAAUUCCCCAAAUUGAAUUUCAAUCCUAAAAUUACCGUCAAUUACGAUCUACCUUGGCAAAAUGACAAGUAUGUCAAAUGUUGUUGUUUGAGAUCAAAAUAUGAGCCCAGAAGUAUUCAUAUUAGUUUCGUUAGAAAUGAGGAUAAGCUCAAGUUGAAAGAACUUGAAAGAUACUAUUCUCUUUCUAUUGAUGAAUGCCCCAUGGACAUUAUCGAGAUGAUUUGA